AUGAAAGCACAAAUCCAAGAACCGGCGGUCCGCCCCUAUGCUUACAACUGUGUGUUCGAGCAUGGUCUGGAUUUCACCGCCGAUGGCCGGUUUGUCUGCUGGGGGUGUGAUAAUAAAAAGCAUCCUCGGAACUGGCGCAGCGCACGCAAAAUUUACGAUACCGCGAUGAUUUUAUUCUUAGAUUUCUUUGUAACCACGACAAGCUCUGCUGGUGUGUCAGCAGCUGCCAAAGCCAAAUAUGACUAUCAUAUCGGGAGGGAGCUCUCGGUUUUCUGUUUCGUGACGGUAUUUCUUCUCGGCCAAGUGCUUGGGACGAUCGUGUUUCCACCGUGGUCGGAGUCAUUCGGUCGCAAGAAACUAUACAUUCUCAGCAGCGCUUUGAGCGCAAUAUGUUGUGUCAUUGUGGGAGUCGUACAUUCUCUGGCGGGAACAAUCGUUGGUCGGUUAUUUGGCGGCCUUAUUUCGGCCAUCCCAUACACCGUUGGCUGUGGCAGUGUGGAAGAUAUGUUCUCUUCAUGGCCUCGCACAUGGGUCCUUCUCUUCUGGACGGUGUCAUCGAACAUUGGUCUAUCGAUGGGACCGAUCAUUGGAUCGCACAUUACUGAAGCUCUUUCUUGGAGAUGGCUCUUCUACAUAUACGCCAUCGCUCUUGCCAUCAUCAUGGUUCUGUUCCUCUUUAUCCGCGAGUCCCGCCCAUCUCAGAUCCUGAUCAAGGAGGUCAGCCACAUCCGCCAAAAGACCGGCGACCAUAGUCUGGAGGCCCUCAACCACGACCAUGUCCCCGAUCUUCAUACAUUCGUGCGAACCGCACUCUUUCGACCUGUACAGUUGCUGUUCACCGAGCCUCUCGUCAUUGCCACGGCCCUCAUGAACGGCUUUUCUUUCGCGCUUCUCUAUCUCUUCACCGAAGCCCUUCAACUCGUCUACACGGCCCUCGAUUUCAGCGAGACACAAGCCAGCCUUCCGUUUCUCGGGCUGGCAGUGGGCUUCUUUUUUAGCAUUCCCUGUCGAUUGAUAGACUAUCGCAUUUUUGCCUCCCUUCGUCGGCGGAACCUGCCGAUCAAGCCCGAAAGCAAGCUCACCGGUCUGGCCGUAGGAGCUCCAAUAUUCGCCAUCGGGCUAUGGUGGUUUGCGUGGACAAUUCCGUCUAAAGUGACGGUACACUGGAUCGUGCCUACUCUAUCGCUCCUGCUAGUUGGGUUUGCGAUGAAUGAGUUCGAUACGGUGUUGUACGUCUAUAUGGCUGAUAGCUAUCUCAGCUACUCGGCUAGUGCGACGGCCGCGGUGCAGUUUGUGAGGGCGCUCUUGUCGGGCGUGUUUCCGCUCUUCACGAAACAGAUGUUCGAAGGCUUGGGCUAUAAUGUUGCAGGGUCAGUUGUCGCAGCGUUAGGGACGGUGUUCAUUGUUGUGCCGGUUUUGUUUAUUAUUUACGGAGAGAGGAUCAGGGCGCGAAGUCCGUUUGCUAAGUACAGUCUGGAGUUGGAAGGAGAUUUGGAAAAGGCGAGCUCAGAGGCCUAG